AGUAAAAAAUAGAGGAGAAUAUAAAAUCAACAUUCUCUCUUUUCCAACUAACCCUUUUUUUUCUCUCUCCAAAAAAAUCUUUGUUCAGAGAGAGAGAUUCUGAUCGGAAAACCUUACUCCGGUAAACGGAAAAAUGAUGAAUCUAACGAAACUCAUCUCGUCCGCCUCAUCAUCAUCAGCGGCAUCAAGAUCUAAAACCCUAAUUUCAUCAUCCUCAUCGUUGCUCAACCGUUCAUUCUCCACCGAUGAUUCGAAAGUUUUAACGAUUGAAACCUCGAUUCCGUUUACUGCACAUAACUGUGAACCGCCAUCAAGAACAGUAGAAACAACAGAGAAAGAAUUGCUAGGUUUCUUCAAAGAAAUGGCGUUAAUGAGACGUAUGGAAAUCGCAGCAGAUUCGUUGUAUAAAUCCAAGUUGAUUCGGGGAUUUUGUCAUUUAUAUGAUGGACAAGAAGCUGUAGCUGUUGGUAUGGAAGCAGCGAUAACUAAAAAAGAUUGUAUUAUAACAGCUUAUCGUGAUCAUUGUAUCUUUUUAGGUCGUGGUGGAACUUUAGUUGAAGCCUUUAGUGAAUUGAUGGGGAGAAGAGAUGGAUGUAGUAAAGGGAAAGGUGGAUCUAUGCAUUUCUAUAAGAAAGAUAGUGGGUUUUAUGGUGGACAUGGGAUUGUUGGUGCACAAGUUCCCUUAGGGAUUGGGUUGAGUUUUGCUCAGAAAUAUAAUAAAGAUGAAGCUGUUACUUUUGCUAUGUAUGGUGAUGGGGCGGCCAAUCAGGGGCAAUUGUUUGAAGCUCUUAAUAUUGCUGCUCUUUGGGAUUUGCCUGCCAUUCUAGUUUGCGAAAAUAAUCACUAUGGGAUGGGAACGGCAGAAUGGAGAGCUGCGAAGAGUCCUGCUUAUUAUAAGCGUGGAGAUUAUGUUCCUGGUUUGAAGGUAGAUGGUAUGGAUGCUUUUGCUGUGAAGCAGGCAUGCAAAUUUGCAAAAGAGCAUGUUCUGCAGAAGGGACCCAUUAUUCUUGAAAUGGACACUUACAGGUACCAUGGGCACUCCAUGUCAGAUCCAGGCAGCACAUACAGAACCAGAGAUGAGAUUAGUGGUGUGAGACAGGAGCGUGAUCCAGUAGAAAGAAUAAGGAAGUUGGUGCUCGCGCAUGACCUAGCAACUGAAAAAGAGCUUAAGGAUAUGGAGAAGGAAAUUAGAAAGGAAGUGGAUGAUGCCAUUGCACAGGCCAAGGAGAGCCCAAUGCCUGAACCUUCUGAGCUCUUCACCAAUGUUUACGUUAAGGGUUUCGGUGUUGAGUCCUACGGAGCAGAUAGGAAAGAGGUGAGAGCUGUACUCCCAUGAAGAAACAAUAACUGCCUGCAAAAAUCAUUCCUACAUUUGAACUAAUAAAAGAAGCCAGAUGAACAUCCUUUGGCUUUUUUGUUUUUCCUGUAAACUCCCGGUUUUAUUGUAUAGAGAAGUUACUUCCAUCUUCUAGAUUUGUGACAUUAAGAAGCUCAAGCAUCAUCCAUGUUUGCCAGUGCUUGGAUUUGGUAACUCUUAGUACAAUCUUCUUUAGCUUGGAAAAUCUGACAAAAGAUUUUGGAGAGUGUUCUUCGUUGGCUCCUUCACUUGGAACUUGUUCACGCUUAUAUUACACGGAUGUCUACAUUAUAAUGAGUUUGUGAGUGUUCUAAGUUCCACCACUGACUUCUAUAUUAAAACUGUCUCAUCUUUUGGUUC